UUCCUUUCCGCCGGGUCCGCUUCUUAAUUUGUCCCUUCGCGUUUGCAUCCAUCCGCUCGGGCAUCGGCUCCGCCCCCGCUCUCGCCCUUCUUCCCCUUCCCUGUUCCCUUCUUCUUCUUCUGGAAUGACGAGGUUGUUGGUGUCUGUGUGCUCAUCAUCAUCAUCUCGCCGGCUGGCUGUCAUUUUCGCGGGAACCCUGCCUGCUUGUCUCAGCUGCUGCCAUUCCCGUACGGCUGGUGGAGGUCGCGCGUGACAUGGAUGGCCCCAUUCCUGCUUCUGCUCCUGGAUUUGGCGCCAAUUGUUCCGAGGUUGCACUGAUGCAAGCGAUUUGAGUGCUCUUCAGCAUUCCCCCGAGUUGUGUUCGCGAGUUUCUUUUGUAGGGCUGUUGGGGUUGGCUGGUUUCGGUUGAAUUCUUGUAGUGUGCGGAAGUGGUGUGAGUAUGGAGGAUAGGAUCCAAGGUAAUCUCGAGGAGACCGAAUACGAGGAGCUGGGAGAUGAUCAGAAAGUGUCCAUUGGGAAGUGGUUCUUGCUGAACGCUCCACCAGGGCAAGUGCUUCAAGUCGCGAAAGACGUCCGGGAAUUGCUUACUGAUAGCCAACUUUACGACCGAGCUGCCUCAGAAGCUUUUCCAGAGUAUAAUGUGAGGAGCAUGAUUUCUCUGGAGAUGCCCGAUGGCAGUGGCAAGGUGCUAUUGACAAAAUUUGGGGAACUCGAUAGAUCUCAUUUCCUCGUUCCUCGCACUGCUAGUGUUGCAGUCGUGGAUCAUGUUAAGCAGAUGUGUACCGAGGUGCGUCCAGCUGAUGAUGAGGAGCUCCCGUCUGCAUAUGUAGAAGGAUUUCGUUUUUGUGUAGAUGUAGCACUUCUGAAGUAUGUAGAUGAGGCCUUUCAAGGAGGUGAGUGCUCAGUAUAUUGCACCAAAGGGAAAGACCUCGAGAAGUCUGGAGGAGAAUUCGAGGUCACAGUAGUCAUCUCCAAUUCAAGCUACAGCCCUAAAAACUUCCGAGGUGGAUGCUGGCAAUCUGUAUGGGGAGUUUUAAUCAAUGAGGAGUUACACUCUGCAUCAUUGCAAGGGACGAUAAGUGUGAAUGCCCACUACUUUGAAGAGGGCAAUGUGCAAUUGCAAAGUAGUCGUGCGUUUAAUGACACUGUUCUGCUUCAGGAUGGGAAGGAUGCAGGGACUGUGAUUGUCAAUUCUAUUGAGCACCUCGAAUCAGUGUUCUUGUCAAACCUGGAGGAACAAUUUGCAAAUCUGUCUGACAGAACAUUUAAGGAAUUACGAAGGAAAUUACCAGUUACUCGUACUUUGUUUGCAUGGGACAAGGCAUUGCAACUGAGCUUGACACGGGAGAUCACCAGAGAAUUCUCUGGGAACAGGAGAUAGCCCUUGUACAGGGUCUACCUGACCAUAAUGGCAUUUUGAGCAACAUUUACAUAAACAAUUAGUCGAUUGCUAUGUAAUAACUAACCAUCAACGACUCAACAAACUUUGAUUACCUAACAUCCUUUAUCAUUGAGAACCCAUGUGGGUUAGUGGACAGAACUGUAGAUCAUUAUACGUGUGAAGCACUAUACACAGAAAAAUAUAGCCCCCAUGCUAGUUGCUCUUUGUGGAUUUGGCUUUUGUACACUGAGCAUUUCAGGAAAUACCAGAGCACCUGUUUCUGUUCGAUU